UCUGACACCCCCGAAACGAACGACCCCGGAAGUUCAAAAGCGCGCCAUAUUUGAUACGACGAAAGUUAGUGUGCAUGUAUUCUGAUAUAAGUUCUAAUGUGGGACUCUUAACUUUCAACGACGAGUAUGACAGCACCGACUGAGAUAUGAUAUGUUCCUAUUUGAUGUUUUUAGAAUACAUAUACAAUGUCUAAAAAGAAAGGUUUGAGUGUUGAUGAGAAGAGAUCUCGCAUGAUGGAUUUUUUCUUUGAAAAGAAAGACUUCUUCACCCUGAAGGAGUUGGAGAGGAUGUGUCAGAAGGAGAAGGGAAUCACGUCCAUGUCGGUGAAGGACAUCCUCACCAGUCUUGUUGAUGAUGCUAUGGUGGAUACAGACAAGAUUGGAACUUCUGUCUACUUCUGGGCAUUCCCCAGUAAGGCCAGUCAAAAUAGAAAACGAAAAAUCAGUGACCUUACUAGUCAGCUGGAAGAUUUAGAGAGCAAGAAGCUGGCAUUAACAACGUCUGUAUCAAAGGCCAAAGUUGGCAAGGAAGACAAUGAGGAUCGAUCCGAGUUGUUGGCAGCACUUGCAGAGAGAAGGGAGGAGAAAUCUCGUCUGAUGUCAGAAUUGGAACUCUACAGGGAAUGUGACCCAGAAGUUCUACAGGAAGUUCAGAACCAGACAACUGUUGCUAGGGAGGCAGCCAACAGAUGGACAGAUAAUGUGUUUUCUAUCAAGUCCUGGAUUAAACGGAAGUUUUCCUUUGAAGAAAGUGUGAUUGACAAACAGUUUGACAUCCCAGAAGAUUUUGAUUACAUGGAAUGAGAGUUUUUGUUUUGUUAUACAAUAAAUACUUGAUAUGUCAUCUUGUUUGGAUAUUUCACCUCGGAGUAAUACUUAGAAGUAUUGAUCAUUGGUUUAGUUUUUUUCUAAACAUCCUAACUUCUCAAGAAUAAAAGAGCCUACUGGGCAUUAAA